CACAUAUUAUUUGUAAUAUCAUUAGUUUAACAAUAAGAUUAUUCUUAAAAUUGAAUAUCUGGUAUUAUGCUCAUAAAAUAUAUUCUAAAUUCUACGCAAAACUUUAAGUAUUGUAUAGAAUUAUUGUCAAAAAUGAUUCUCUUGACAGUAUUACGAUUUAUUCAAAUGUAACAGAUUUGAUCACGUGACAGUUUAUGACACAUGAUUGGCGCGAUUUUCAAUCGUAAUUUCCUCUAAAUUUCCUGUCAAGUUACUAGCAUUUCUAGUUAAUAAUUAAUUAUUUAUAUUAAAAUGAAGAAUAUUUAAUACUAAUUAAUGAUAUUUAAUGAAGAAUAUAUAACACUAUUAAUAAUAUCGACACCAGUUUAAAAACGAUACAGAUAAUUCGAUAUAUAGGUGCGAAAAAACGAUACAGGUAGAAAAGUAUUUAUUCUUAUUGCGACCUCGUGAGAGGACAACCCUUUCUUUCUCGACUUUUCAGACACACGCACGUUUUCUUUGGAUUAUGCAAUCACCUUUCGUGUGUACUACUUUUAUGCAGAGUUCGUGUCGUGAGAUUCAAUGAUAAACUUCGCCUCGACUCUCCCUUUUUUUUUUAAAUGUUACCUGCAAAGCCAGAUAAGAGCACGUCGAACGUAAUAUUUGGAAAAUUAUACACACAGUUUUGUCAACUAUCAAUUAUAAAAUGUUUUAUAAUUCAUAUUAUACAUAUAUGAAAAGUUUAAGACAUAAAAAUAGAAGAAUUAUUUUUAAAUAUUCCUAGAAAUAGAAUUUUAAAAUGUUGGUAUAAAAUAGAUAGGUCAGUAAUUAAAAAAAUAUAAUACGUAUAGUUGUUACGAGUUAUUGGCUUCUGUUUCGAGGGUGGUUAAACGUUUUCCUAUGCAUGCUAAAGAGAUCUAAAUUAAUAUUGAAACGUGUUUCGUGACUAAGGUGGUUAAUUCUGCAACCGAAACCGGAAAUCAGAUGCGUCGGUAGCUAACCGGUUAGUCUUAGCAAUGUCAAUCAUUUCAUACAUUUCUAGGUACUGCUGCCGGAAGUAAACAUAACGAAAGUCAAGAUGUUAUGAAAUUUUAAUUCAUCGGAAGAAGAUUCACUUAAAUAAAUAACGAAAUUCUACGAAAUAUUAUACUAAAUGGACCUUUGAAUACCUUAUGUAUCUUGAUCGAACUACUCUUUAAAGUUCGUAACAAAGAAAUUAUUCAAAACCAAUUGAUUCACUUUACUUAAGUGUAUACUUUGAAACACGUAUCUAUGUAAAGGGCAACAUUAUAAAAAGACCGAGAAAAUCUCUUUUGAACUAAUCAAUAUUCUACUCGAGUACCUUAAUAUUUUUUUCAUAGAGAAUAACAAAAUGCAUUCGAUGAAUUUUUUUCCUAUUAUUUUAGGAUGCAAUUUUAGAAUCAGAAAUUGGAGGAAAAUAAAAUUUCCAUUAAAUGCCAGUAAUAUAGUUUAAAUGAUUAAGGAUUUUAUAGGACACCUUGGAUAUUAAACAGCACGGAUGUACAAGCGUUACAGCGUUACUCGUAUCACUGUAAAUAUCCAACGAAUCUAUCAAUCAGGUUUGUCCUCGCGUGACUCGAUGAACGAACAGGAAGUGGAAAAACGAUUCUUAAGGAAGACGAUGAAGGACAUACGAUUCCCAAGGGACGAGACGUAGCCUGGGUAUGUCCGAGUGCUUCGAGUUCUCCUCAUCUAUGACAGGGUCGACGAAUUCGGGGCCUCUGCAGCCCCAAAAGGAUUCUUCACCCCUACCUUCUUCACCCUUUCACUUUCAUUCAACUCCCAAGAGUCCGUCUCGUCAUAAUCAUCGUCAGCGGCUUCCUCGAAAAAUGACACUGACAUCAUCCAAUGGACAACCCAUACAACUUACUCCUCUAUGGGAACACGUGGUGCGCACACGAAAGUUCCCAAGCGAGGUCGACACGCGUCUAACGUUUCUGGAGAUAUCAGAGAGACUGCGUGAUCCGGAAUGGGAGGUGCGUCAGCAUGCUCUUCGUGUCCUAAUCGACGUGUUACCGACUUUGAAUGUUGACAUCGUGGACAAGGUCAUGCAACCAGUGGUACCGGAACUGGUCAAUAAUUUAGGCCACCCCGCGCCUGCUGUUCGCAAGGGUGCUCUCGACGCUUUACGAGUUUUUCUCACUCAUAAUCGCGACAAAGAGAACACUAUUAAAAGGAUUCUUCAGGAUGGCUUGAACCGUUCCGAGGUGUGCGACUCUUUCCAGACGAACGUCACCACCGGAGUGAUCUUGAGCGUGCCAUCCUUAUUGUUCCCAUCGUCGAGCAGUCCAUCGCCGUCUCCGCAGUUGGUGAAAGACGCAACGAUAGCUUUGGCCUCUCGUUUAGCUCAGGUGCCUCAUCAGGAGGCUGUACUGAAAUCCUUGACUAAAAUCCGUGAUGCCGUUGGCACGGAAACCUUCGAGAGCUACCUGGAGGACUACGACAACAAACUGAAGAAGAACAUCGAGAUUCUAUCGAAGAUCUACAACGUAAGGUCCAAUAAAAGGACGCAGAAGAAAAGCAUCGAGAAAGUAACUGAGAGCAAGGAACAAGACCGAAAGUGGGAUAGCGAUAGCGAUACGUCGGGCAUAGCCGAGGAAGAGGACGAAGUGAACACUGGAGCAAUGUCGGCGGCUAGAAGAGUGGUGCUGGAGACUGAAAUUAAAUUCAACGAAGAAACAGCCAUCACGAUGACCAUUCUUGAAGAGAAAGACGACAGUGAGAAGGAGCAGGACGAAGAGAGCGGAACGGACGUGAGAAACGACACCGAAGGAAAGAACGCGUCUCCUGAUAGACGGAAGACACCGAGAAGAGUACACUUUGGUGGAGAGAUAGUCAAACUGAGGACUCCGGACAGCGACGAGACCGAGUCAAUCGAGACGAUACCAAAAACUAGAAUACCAGUUCCCGUUUCACCGGCCACAAAGAUGCCUAACGCAAGGCCAAGACCGUCCUCCCAGCCUUGCAGUCCUCGCAGAGAGGCUGGGAAAACGAACAGACCGUCUAGAUCAGUUUCCAGUAGCCCCAAAAGAGAUGUAUAUACUCAUAACGCGGAGUUGAGUCCUAAGAAGAGCAUCCUUGCGAGGACGAAUAGUCCGGUAUCGAUGAAGAAGUCUGCGGAGCAGUCGAAAAAGAAAAAGAAUACGAAAGAUUUUAAACAGAAUCCUGAAACGAACGGGGAACGCAUCGCGAUUAGUGGAAAACCUGAGGAAGCUAAAAGAGAGGAUGUUAUUUUAGUUCAGAAUGCUCGGAGCAGCAAUGAUCAAAAUUCGGUAAUAGUUGCAAAAGAAAAUGAAAAUAGAGAAAAUAACAAGGCGGAAAGAAUAGAAGAGGAAGUUAGAGAAGAGAGGCUUUUAGAAGAGAAACGUGUGACCGUGGAGAAUAUUCAAAAAGUGGAUUCUUUAUUUGGUUCGCCGAUCAGAUGCAACGAAACAGAACAGAUUCGCGAUGAAGUUAACGAAGACGAUAGAAGUGGUGGUAAGUUGAAAAGUUGUUUGACGACUGGUUCAAAGCACGAUAACGUUGACUGUGAACGAACGUCGAGGGGUGAUCGCGAUAAAGCUGCGCCUAGUGUGAUCGAGAAAAAUGGAAAUGCUGCUGGCGAAGCGGAAGUUAAAUCCGAAGAACCAAGCUGGGAGGGAUUAGGAUUGGUCGAUCAGGAAGUGUUGGAGGAUUUACAUAAUAAGGAGGAUUGGAGAGCUCGUGUAAGGGGUUUAGAGAGAGUAGCAUCGGCUUUGCGAACGUCUUCUGCACUGAUCGCGAUAGAGCCACGAUUAGGAUCUCUUUUGCAUGCAGUGCUAGGCUGCGAAAGGAGCUGUCGAGUAGCGGCUGCGGGCUUAGCCGUGGCUAAGAUAGUCGUAGCUGGUGUAAGCGAGGAGGCUUUGAAGAAACAAUUACCGCAGUUAGCUUGGGGUUUGGCAAGACACGGAGGACCCAGUGCGACCCAGUUGGCCAGGAUAACGAUGCUCAGGCUAAGACCUGCUCUUCUCCUGGAACAACUUCUGCAACCGCAGUGUCUAAAUGCUAGAAAUGCCAAAACUAGAGAAAAUACACUGCAGCUGUUAAUUUUUUCAUUGGUAACGUUUCCAAGUACAGAAUUCAAAGCGGAUAUUAUAGCCAAUAAAGUGGCUAAAAUGGUUAGAGAUAGACGACGUAGGGUGCGACAAGCUGCACUUGACACUUUGGCUGUUUUAGCACAGAUAUAUGAAUCUGAGGAAGUGUUAGCAGCAGGAAAACGAGCAUCGGAAGGUUAUCACGAUGCAGAGGCAAUGAUGUCUGCAAUCAGGGCUCGUCUAGCUCGUAAAUCCUUACCCUUAGUCUCUGUUGAUGGUCUCGUUAUGUACGGUUUACAAAUUUCACCUACCGUGCAAAUAGCUACAGGACCUGACGUCGAUUGGAUUGUAGCUGGAAGUGGUUCGGUUUCGCCCAGCAUUGGACGUACCAAAAGCCAAAUUAUAGCUACGAGGUCCGAGAAAGAAAGAUUUGCAAGGAAUGAAAAUGCUAAUUGUGAAAGCCCAUGGAUCGAAAGACCAAACUUCGUUGCACUUGGAGUUGGAAUGCGUUCUAAAACAGGCCCGCCAUUGGUUUGGCAAAUGGUUCCAACCCAAAAUCAGAAUCUUGGAUGCGAAGAUGAAGUGAACUUAUUGGAAACCAAAGGCGCAACUACAGAUAUCCGUAAUGGUGAAGCUUUCAAUUUGGAUAUAAAAUCGAGAAAUCAAACAAGAAUUCCAGCAUACCCGAGAGAAUCCGCCAAUUAUCGUAUCAUCGUAGAAGAUAAAUUUGAUCGGAGGGAUAACGGUAACAAAACAGAAUCAAGAAUACCUGUACUGUAUAUUCGCGAUCGUGGGGCAAAAAUUGAUUACAAUCAGGAUAAAUCAAUUAAUUCUCAAUUAAUAAAUCCUAAUUCGAAAAGAAGAUUCAGAGAUAAUAUAGAAGAAAAUUUUAGAAAUUGUGGGGCAAUGUAUUAUCGAAGAAGAAAAAAUCAACAAGAUUAUGAUAAUUAUCGUUCGAUGAAGAAUAACGCUAGCGCAGAAUACAGUGAUGUUGCAGACAACUCGAAUCAAGAAUUAUCGAAUGUUAAUUCUAGAAUGUACCCAAAAUAUACAGAAAGGGACAAACUAUCAAAAAAAUCUGAUAGAUCUAAGUGCAGUUGUUCGAGUUCCAUUGAAAGUCAUCAACCUUCGUUAUCGAAAAAUGUUCAACAAUCAUUCAUAAUGCAUAAUAUGUACAACGCGGUUUCACACCGAGAGAACCGAUUUGGUGAUGAGAAUUCUUUUCGACCAUUGCAAACGGCUCCUACGCCAUUAACAUAUCCUUAUAAUACUGCGGAUUUUAAUCAAAGAACUGAUGAAAAUAAUGAUAGUAAUUUGUCUCGACCAAAAUUUCAUCGUAGAACGAAAGAUGCAGCUGCUCAAAAAAUUACUAAUGUUGAAGUAUCAUCAUCAGAUGCUCAGACUAGUGAAUAUUUCCCUGCAAUAUGUAGCGGUACCCCGUGUAGAAGAAGAUUACGUUCUCUGUCUCCAUCGCAGUUGUACCAUCGUCAGCAAUUUGUUAAAAUAUACGAUACAGAUAAAACGGUGAACGAAGAAGAGUACAAUGAAAAGAAUAAACAGCACUUUUUAUCGGAAGAAAAUUACAGAGUGGCGCAGAUGAAUGUUGAAACCCAAUUCGAAGGGGAUGAUUACGAACAUUCGUCGUCGGAUGCGUUAGAAAAUAAUCAAGAGGAUAUUGAGCAGGAUGUGCAAGACACACGGGAGGAUACCGAUAACGGGUCAUCCAGUUCUGAUAUACAAAAUGCGGAGAGUGCGUUUGAUAUCAUCACUGGUCAAUCUUCCCCCGCGAGGGAUACCGUUGACUUUGUUAUCACAUUGGACAAAAAGACCGAAACUACAGACGAAGUAAUAAUCACAUCGAACGAGGACGAACCAUCAAAAGAAUGGAGCAGCGACGAGGAAGAAACUUUAAAGAACGAAAAUCAAACUUUGUCUAGACAAUUAGAGUUCCACGAUGAUGAUCAGAAUGAAAGCCAACUCAGUUCUUCCGAUGAAGCUGAAAGAACGAAUACCAAAAGAAGAUCCAUAGUGUCUGUUUUAUCGAGUGAACGAAUAUUAACAAACGAGAGCUUGCAAACGUCUAAUGAAAUCUUGCAUUCGAACUUUCAAAAUGUGGGGUCAUCGCCUUUGAGAAGCUCAGCCAGCCCUAAGAAAUCGAGUCGAUCGUCGAGUCGGAAUUCGAAUGACUUUGAAGCGUUGAAAUCACCGGGACGUGGUUCUUGCAGCAGUUCGCGUAAAUUGAGUUUUGAAUUAGAAGACAAGAAUUUCGUAGACUCGGGUGAAGAAAAAGUGGUUGCUUCUGAAAUGCAGUGCGAAAAAGAUUCCUUUCAAACGAUAGAAUCGGGUCAGUCUCGCAGAGGAUCUAAAACAGGAGAAUCACCAACGAUCAUUAUUGCCUCCAGACCUCAUUCUUCCACGGACGUUUCUAAUUAUUCUGAAAACCAUGUAGAAACCACCGUUCAAAUAGCAGAAAAUAAUAAUAAUCCUCUCAGGUUUGUUAAUGAAUCUAAUGAAAAUAAUAAUUUAGAAGAUGGACAAAGUAAAGACAGUUCUAGCGAAACGAAUACAGAACCGGGAAUCUUAAAAAUUGAGACUCAACCCGUGGAAUCUAUUAAUUUAUCCAAAAGACUCCCAUCGAAAGUUCCUCGCGCCACAGGAAGAUAUAGAGGCAUUUCGAGCAAAAGAAACUCGGAUAAACCAGAGAAAACAAAACCCAUAGUACAACAGUGUUUCGCUCAUCUCGAGAGUAAAGACUGGGAGAUCACCAUGAAAGGUUUGAAAACGUUGUCUCAGCUCGCAAAGCAACAACCUGAAUAUUUGGAUGUGUGUGCAACAGCGACGAUAUGUCGACUUUUAGGCCGACAAAUAAAAAGUCUUCGAUCACAGGUCGCACGAACCGCGUGUUUGGCCGCUGGUGACAUUUUUAGCUCGUCGAUUCGUGGUAUAGAUCAGGAUUUUGAAGACAUAGCCGAGCCACUGCUUCACAGAACAGCCGAUACGAAUCGGUUUCUUCGCGCGGACAGUAAUGCAGCUUUGGAUCUCAUGAUCGAACAUCUUCCUCCUCACAAAACUAUCGCUGUAAUCGUGCAACGCGGUGCAAGCCAUCAAAAUGCUAUUGUAAGAGCUGCAACGGCUAGAUUACUGGCAUCCAUAGUGGAUCGAAUAGGACCCGAACACACGAUGAUUUUGCCAAAGGAUGUGAAAGAUAAACUGCUUAGUACAGGUGCCAGGUUACUGAUCGAUGGGAAUCUGGAUGCUAGGAACCAUGCGAAGAAGAUGUUCCGACGGAUCAUGGGUUGCGAGGGAUUUCGAAAAGCGUUGACAGACGCGGUACCGGAAACCACUUUAAGACACAUCGACAAAACCUUGAAAACUCUUUAAUGGUUCCAUUAAACAUAAUCAUAUAAUAUCUUGCAUACGUGUCUCCUUGCCAGCUGGAUUUUAUCCAUCAAACAAGACUGUGAAAAAAAACAAAUUGUUUAUUCGAAUUCAGUGGCGUGUUUUGAUAAUGAUUUUCGUGGAAAGCAUGAAACCGCGUUUUCUUCCCUCGGUCUAAUAGUAUGUUCAGCCGUGAAAGAGGAAAAGAAGCAUGAUUGAUACACGACUGACGAUGUUCUUCAACAUUUCACAUUUUGAUACUCUGAUGUACGUCCGUACAUUUCAUUUUUUAUACGAUUGUAUAGACGCCACACUCGUAUUGCAACGAGAGAAGUUUAUUUACAUAAAGUGGAUUUUUACAAUUUCUUUAUUUUUCAUAAUCCAUAUGUUACAUCUUAAUGGGACUAUUGAUUUCAAAUUGCUAAGAUACAAUGAGAUUUGUAAUGACAUUUCUACUCGACCAAAUUAUUCCGAUUUUUAUAGAUAAGAAAUUCACAGUAUGUAAAUAAUUCUUGUUCCACUUCGUAAGCAAUGCUUCAGAUGAUUAUAUUAUCUGUUACACGUCAAUCUCGUUUUGAUAUCAUUUUAAGCCAGCAUUGAUUGCUUUUGAUGACGCUUGUACUUGAAAUUUUAGUGCCUUAUAAGAUUGAAAGAGUUUAUCACAAUUAAAAAAAAAAAGAUUUAUCUAAAAUUGUUUUUAAUGAACCAGUGUAAAUGAUUGUGAGAGUUCGAUAUUAAUGAUUUGAAUGAUGCUCAAAUUGUUAGUCGAAAGGCUAUAAUCCUGUUAUAAUAAUUUAAUUAAUUCGCAAUAUUACAAAUUCUAUGAUAAGACAGAGUCAAUCGCAUAAAGUAUAAAUUUUAAAAAAAGUCAUGGAUACUUUCUCAUUAAUAUACAUAACAUAUUAAUACGAAUAAAAUGUGAUAUAUAUACGUAAUGAAACGGUAUUAAGUUUUACUGAAGGAUAGCUUUCUACGUUACUAAUAAAUUACAAAUUUAUAAUGUUGUAAUGACAAAACUUUUACUCUUCUUUUCACUUCACCAACUCUUCAACAGGGAGUUGCAGGAAGAAAGUUAUAACUAAAUUUCAUUGAAGAAAGGAAUAUCAUUGCUGAUGGCAAUGAUUCCAUUUCGAAUAGCUGACUGUUAAUCAUUCUAUUAACUUGUAUUUAUUACUAAUAUUAUUUGUUAACGAUCUCCAAUUAUUAGUAUUAUACAAUUUCGAGGAAAUCAAUGUAAAUACAUAAAUUAAUAUGUACAAAAUCAACCAAACAAUAUGGAGCUCUCUAAUCGAAGUGAAAGAAUUCAAUUCAAUGUUCCGUCCAUUGUUAUAGUGCAAUAAAUCACUUACGAUAUUUGUAUUUAUAUAUUUAAUUAUACACGCGUCGUGCAUAUGU